UUCAACCAACCAACAGAUUGUAGAAAUAAAUGUCAAUUGAAAUUAAACAAAAGAUGUGAAUAAAGUUGAUAAAUUAUGUCUUUGUAACAAUGAAGUAAUAGAUAACGAAAUAGCGGGCAAGGGCACAAAAUGGAAAGUAUAACAAAUUUCUCCGUGUCACUAAUUAAAGGCUUCAUAGACAGUUUACGAGGAGUGACUGUACUUUUAUACUUAGAUAAAGAAAUAAAUGAGAAGGCACUGAGUCGCUCGCCGCGAGUAGACUCCGGAAACACACAAUCCAGACAAAAACAGACGAAAGUGAACCAGGAAUCCAAAGUACUUACAAGGGUGCUGCAGUCGUGUAUACUCAAUGGGUUUAUAUUUCUGCUCAGUAUACUCGUAUUUGAGUAUGUACUGUUGCCGGCCGUCAAGUACUUAGUGACAGUUGUGUUUGGCCACGACCCCGGCGUGGCUCACAAUGUGUGGAGCUGGAUGAAGCCGUUCCUCUCCAUGACCUUCAGGAUGAUAUGGGUGCUACCACUGUUCUUGCUGAGCAAGCUAGUCAAUAGUUUAUGGUUUCAAGACAUAGCCGACUCCGCGUACCGGCAUCGACGCGGGCGGCCGCAGUUUAUGUCCAGUGUGAGCAAAAUUAUUGCAGACUCACUGUUCAGUUUGCUGGUGCAAGCUUUAUUUUUAGUUCAGAGUAUGUUGGUGAAUAUGUUGCCAAUAGCAUACGUGGGCGAGUUGCUGUGCCUGGUGCACAUGUGCUUGCUGUACUCGCUGUACUCCUUCGAGUACAAGUGGUUCAACAUGGGCUGGGAGCUGCACAAGCGGCUCACAUUCAUCGAGACCAACUGGCCGUACUUCCUCGGCUUUGGACUGCCACUGGCCGUCCUCACGCAGAUACCUGAGUCCUAUAUUAUAAGUGGCUGCGUCUUCUCGAUAUUCUUCCCCGUGUUCAUUCUGAGUGGCAACGAGGCCACCCCCGUCAUAGGCAGUGAGUAUCCGUUGCGGCUGUUUUCGCCGGUGGUGGCCAUGUCCAACGGACUGUUCCGGGCGGCUCGAGCCGGCGCUGCUGCUGUGCAUCGCCGGUGAUGUC